AUGCCUGGAAGACUAAAGGUAAGCUUUGAAUAUGUUUGUGAUGCCUUUUGUCAUCUACAACAUUCAUGGGUAACAUAAUGGCUGAUUGAAGGUUGGUAUCAUCGGAGGAACUGGAUUGGAGGAUCCUCAGAUUCUGGAGAAUGUCCGUGAGGUCGAAUAUGACACUCCGUUUGGAAAACCGUCUGAUAAGUUGAAAGAAGGGACCAUUCAUGGUGUGCCUUGUGUUUUGUUGUCAAGACACAGUAAGAAACAUGACAUUGAUCCCACUGGAGUCAAUUACCGAGCUAAUUUGUGGGCUCUCAAGGAAGCUGGUAGGUCAAAGCUAACACAAAGUCCAGUUAAUUAAUCAAAUUGAAUGAAUAUGCAGUUUUUAGGUGUUAAUGUCAUCAUAGCUUCUAAUGCGUCUGGCAGUUUGGUGGAGCAUAUUAAGCCUGGUGAUUUCGUGUUUGUGGACUCUUUUAUUGAUCGGUAGGGUAGCGGAGCAAUGGUUAUUCGUAUUUAUAGUACCCACAAACGUCUGCAAACAUUCUACGGAAAGAACCCAGGAGAACUUCAGGGUGUUUGCCACAUCCCGUGCCAUCCAGCGUUCAACGAAAAGGUCCGAGAGGUAAGAAUAGUUGGCUUGAAUAAUGUUGGUAAUUUAGUCCCGAUAUAUUGUUUUAUUUCAGAUCCUUAUCGAGACUGCAGAAAACCAGAAGAUCUCCUAUCACAAGAAUGGAACGAUUGUCUGUAUCGAAGGCCCGAGAUACUCUUCCCGAGCCGAAAGUAAUAUGUUCCGUCAAUGGGGAGGUACCGUCAUCAAUAUGACAAUCGUCCCUGAGGUCAUUCUGGCGUUGGAAUUGGGAAUCCCGUAUCAGUCUAUCGCAUUGUCCACCGAUUAUGACUGCUGGAAGGAUGACGCGGAAGGUGUUUCGGUUGAUCUCGUGGACAGAACUCUCCGGGAAAAUGGAGAAAAGGCCAAGAAAUUGUUCGUCGAAGCGGUGGGUAAUUUGGCCAAGAGGGAGGCGGAAGUUCUGGCUGAAUAUGAAAAGGCUCAGGUAAGAAUUUGGUGGCAAUAUCAUAGUACAACACUAUUGAUUGGUUAUUGAUUUUAUUUGAAUUUCUUUUUAGGUCACCGCCAAAUCCGCAGUUAUGGGAUGA